AUGGAGCGGUUGAAGCUGGCGCAACUGGGAGAGAGGCUGAAGACGGGUGGGGCCCAGAUGGGCCGAAUGGUCAGCGGCAAGGUCAAGGAGAUGCUCCAGGCCCCCACGCCCGAAUCCAAGAUGGUUGACGAGGCCACGCUUGAAACCAUGGAGGACCCUAAUUGGGGCAUCAAUCUCAGGAUAUGUGCCAUGAUCAACAGCGACCAAUUCAACGGCUCCGAGGUCGUUAAGGCCAUCAAGAGGAAGAUCAACCACAAGAGCCCUGUGGUUCAGACUCUUAGCCUCGACCUCUUGGAAACCUGCGCCAUGAACUGCGACAAGGUCUUCUCCGAAAUCGCUUCCGAGAAGCUUCUUGACGACCUGCUUCGCUUGAUUGAUGAUGCCCAGGCCCACCACCACACUCGACGUCGGGCUUUCCAGUUGAUUCGGGCCUGGGGCGAGUCCGAGGAUCUUGCCUAUCUUCCCGUCUUUCGCCAAACUUAUAUGAGUUUGAAAGGAAGGGAUGAUCCUCUUGACAUGGCGGGAGGAAAUUCACCACCUGUUCCGUAUGCCUCUGAGUCAUAUGCCCAUCAAUAUCCUGUAGACCCCCCUGAAAGAUACCCAAUUCCUGAAGCUGAAUUAGGUAUGGAUGAUCCAGUGGCUUUCUCUUCUAAUUACCAACACAUAUCAGUGGAGGAGAAGAAAGAGCAUCUUGUGGUUGCUCGGAACAGUCUGGAAUUGCUCUCUAGCAUAUUGAAUUCUGAGGCUGAGCCAAAACCUUUGAAGGAAGAUUUAACUGUGAGCUUGUUGGGCAAGUGCAAGCAAUCGCUGUCUAUCAUCAAGGGGAUUGUGGAAAGCACUACAGAUGAUGAAGCAACGCUUUUUGAGGCUUUAUAUCUCAAUGAUGAGCUUCAGCAGGUAGUUUCUAACUACGAGGAAUUAGAAGCUGCUCAAAUGUCUGGGACGCAACAACCUCAAAAUGCUGACCCCGCCAAGCAUGAUGCGGAAGCUGUUCAAAAUCCCAAUGAAGUAACUGCAAGGUUUGAAAUUGAUGAUUCGGAAGAAUCUGAACCUGAUCAGAAUCUGGAUCGAAAGGUGCCCCAAAAGUCUAACACUCUUGAAGUCAAUGCAACUGAGGGCGAGAGGAAUGGUCUUACUGAAACUAAAAUAGUGAAUGGCACAAAGGACAAGAAUGAUGAAUCUAGCUUCAAGGGAGAUACCGAAUGA